AUGCUAAACGACAAGAAUUGUUUCCAGUCGUCGAAGCAACUGGUUGACAGCUUGGUGAAGUUUUGUCCACUAGUGGAGUACGUGGAUGGAUAUAAGGCCACGCUUAAUGAUAUGAACGGAUUGACGUGUGGGGAUACGUGGCUUGUAACGGUCGAGCAGUGGGACAAGUUUAAUUCGACGUGCACAGAACUGCGGGAAUUCCAUUGGGUAGUCGUGCCAUUUGCCGAUCCGUACUUUAGGGUUUUUGGGAAGCACAGUAAGCCACGUUUGACGAAACUCACAUUGGCUGUCAAUACGCUCUGGGAUUGGCAAGCCUAUUUCCACUUUGUGGAGAAAGCUACGGAACCCAGCGUGCUUUCUUCCCGAAACGAGGAAGACCCGGUGGAUGAAGCUGCUGGAUUUGUUGCAUCUUCCUCUUCUUAUGUAUAUCAACAAAACUUUUCGCAGCGACCGGGGUAUGGAGCCAAAGCAUCCGAUGUCAGCAGUGCUCUCAAGGGCUGCCCAGCAUUGACUGUUUUAGAAAUUGCACUGUGUCACUCGGGUGAUAUAGACGAAACGGUGUACAGUGACCCAUAUGAUGAUGGUGACGAUGCUGCUGACAUGGGGCGUGUUCUCCUCAAUAUCGACAUUUACAACGAUGAUUUUUGUGCGGCAGUGGCAGAGUAUUGUCCACGGCUGACGAGCUUCUCGAUCACGGAAAUUGAUGACGGGCUGCGUAGCCACCUCACCCCAAUUCGGACGUUUACAGACCAAGGUCUCGUGAGUCUUGCGAAAUUGAAAUACUUGACUACAAUGCUGCUGCGUCCGAUCAACUGCACGGGAAAUGGUGUUUUUGAGUUUCUUAAUAGUCUGUCGAACGAGUUUGUGGGGCAGCGAACGUUUCAGGUCUACAUUGGUGGACAUUCCAGCGAAUCCAAGCUAGCAUUCUACACCGCGCUGAUGGAAUUGUUGAUGCAGUUGAAAGUAAGAAGCCCAGCAGAGCUUGCGUGGGAUAAUCGCAAGUUUGUCCUUCGCUUGAUAAAUUCCAACUUUGAAUCGGUUGAGCCUAGUUGGGGCGAACAGUAUCUUCGUGACCUCGAGCGUGCGGUGACGAGCGUAAAAACGAUACAUCCGACCUUGCGCUUACGCAUUGCGACUUCUGGACGUCGUGGCUUUAUUUUCCAAAGAAUAAUGGAACUCGGGCUGUACACGGCAAAUGCCGAACCUAGCCCAUGGUACGGUUGGGAAGACGAAGAACGAAACGGCAACGCUUCAUUUGUAAAUCGCUACGAAGAGACAACAGGUUUGGGUAGAGGUUUAGACAGACUACCUCUUGAACUGCGACACCCUGAGCUUCUGGACCCAGACUCUCUCCCUAUCGAUUACGAACUUCCGGCCGACUAUUUUGACGACUAUGGUGGCUACGGCGACUAUGGCGAUUAUGGUGACUACGAGGAUUAUGGUGCCUAUGGAGACGAUUACUUCGGUGAGGAAUACGACGGGUAUUACGAUGGAAACGCAGACGAGCUAUGGGAAUAG